UGGGCUUCUGGGAAAGAUCAAGUGUCACUAUAACAUGAGGGUGUGAGGCCCAGCGGGCAGUGCCUGAGCCGGUCCUGGCCACAGGGAGCUCCAGCCCUUCUCUCCAGACUCAGCCACAGAAACAGCCCACCCACCAUGUCGGACGAGGAAGUUGAACACGUCGAGGAGCAGUACGAGGAGGAAGAGGCCCAGGAGGAGGAAGCCGCCCCUCCGCCUGCAGAAGUCCAUGAAGAAGUCCAUGAAGUUCAUGUACAAGAGGAGGUCCAGGAAGAGGAGAAGCCAAGACCCAGACUCACUGCUCCUAAGAUCCCGGAGGGGGAGAAAGUAGACUUCGAUGACAUCCAGAAGAAGCGCCAGAACAAAGACCUCAUGGAGCUGCAGGCUCUCAUCGACAGCCACUUUGAAGCACGGAAGAAGGAGGAAGAGGAGCUGGUCGCCCUCAAGGAGAGAAUUGAGAAGCGCCGUGCGGAGAGAGCUGAACAGCAGAGGAUCCGCGCUGAGAAGGAGAGGGAGCGCCAGAACAGACUGGCGGAGGAGAAGGCACGGAGGGAGGAGGAGGAGGCUAAGAGGAGAGCUGAGGACGACCUGAAGAAGAAGAAGGCUCUGUCAUCCAUGGGCGCCAACUACAGCAGCUACCUGGCCAAGGCUGACCAGAAGAGAGGCAAGAAGCAGACAGCCCGGGAGAUGAAGAAGAAGGUUUUGGCCGAGAGACGCAAGCCGCUGAACAUCGACCAUCUCAGCGAUGAGAAGCUCAGGGACAAGGCCAAGGAGCUGUGGGACACCCUGUACAAACUGGAGACCGACAAGUUUGAGUAUGGGGAGAAGCUGAAGCGCCAGAAAUACGAUAUCAUGAACAUGCGGGCCAGAGUGGAGAUGCUGGCCAAGUUCAGCAAGAAGGCCGGUGCCACCGCCAAGGGCAAGGUCGGCGGGCGCUGGAAAUAAAGCAGCCCAAAAGGCCCCCCAGGACAGAGACCCCUGGCCCGCGCAGCCCACAUGGCAGCUUCCGGACCCCAGGCCUGAGCACCGCCCUUGUCUCUGUCCCUGCUGCCCCCAUGCCCUGGGGUCUGUGAAUAAAGCUAGCAGACUCCCCUCCA